ACCGACAUCCGGUGAGCCCGUCGGGCAGGCGGGCCCCGCGGCAGCCAUGGUGCGGUUCAAGCACAGGUACCUGCUCUGCGAACUGGUGUCCGACGACCCGCGCUGCCGCCUGACUCUGGAGGACCGAGUACUGGUCGGCCUGAUUCGGGACACGAUCGCCCGGGUGCACGGGACCUUCGGCGCGGCCGCCUGCUCAUCGGUUUCGCCAGUUCGAUACCUCAAUGCCUAUACCGGAAUAGUGCUGCUUCGAUGCCGAAAGGAAUUCUACCGGCUGGUGGGGUCAGCGCUUCCCUUCAUCACGUGUUUGGAGAGCAAAGGACACCGUUACCCUUGUUUUCUCAACACGUUACACGUGGGAGGUACAAUUAGAACAUGUCAGAAGUUCCUGAUUCAGUACAAGAGACAGCUGUUGAUCUUGUUACAGAACUGCACUGACGAAGGUAAAGCGGAAGCUAUCCAGAAGUCCGUGGCGAAGAGCUGUUUACUAGAGAGUCAUCUGGAGAGGAAAGGGGUUUCCGACAGUGGAGGUGAGGAAGCUGCUGAAGCAAUGCCGUCAUGAACUGCUCACCCACAGGGCAGGCUACGCUACACUGUGUCCAAGCCUCAGAUUGGAUGACAGUCAACCAGGGGUCGAUUUUCCAGCUUGAACUGGAGGCCACACUCAACUACAACGCUGGAGUUGCUUUUACAGAGUGUUUCUGGUUAAGUGGUUCUGCAGGUUGUAAAGGCUGUAUACUUGUGGAUAGUCCUGUAUCUAAUUACUUGGCUAAUUUGGUUUUUAUAGCAUUGAGCAUAAUAACUUACUAAAAGGGCUUAUACACUU